CGAGUAAAGCACUAUCUGUAAAAGGUUUUUUUUCUUAUAACGUUUAAAAUAUAAAUACUGCCAUUAUUGCCGUCAUGUACAAGUAAAAUAUUUAAGUCUUAUUUUGUAAACAAAAUGAAUUGUUUGCUUGUUGGAUUAAUUGUCCUCUACCAUGCAUCUGUUUGCUACAUUCAAUCGGGGAACACAGCUGUAACGCCAGAAAUCCAAGAUGGAACAACACCUCAUUAUGUACCAAGUACUAUAACAACUGAUCCAGUGCUUUCAACUGGACAAACAGAUUUGUCUUGUAUUGAGAUCAUAGCUUGUAGUGACGAUCAAUGCAACCAAUAUAUCUCCCAAGCUAUCAGUGUUAAAGGCUCCUCUGGAUUAUCAACUACUGUCAUCACAACCGGUAAUGAAAUAAGUACAUGUGUAAGUGUGAAUGUCGGUGAAACCGUCAGUGUUUCAGCAAUGUGCUCAAAUGGUGAUAUUGCGAAUACGACAGUAAUACCUACUACAGUAGGUACUUGCUCUGAAAGCGGUUGCGUUGAGGUGCUAUUUGUAAUUGGAUGCAUACAGUCUAGUACAGAUAGUGCAACAACAGUGCCAGACAUACCACCACUUGGAACAACACCUCCUGAAGAAUCUAACGCUAUAACAACAGAUUCAGUGAUCUCAACUAGACCAGCAGAAUUGUCUUGUAUUGAUAUCAUAGCUUGUAGUGACGAUCAGUGCAACCAAUAUAUCUCACAAGUUUUCAGUGUUGAAGGCUCCUCUGGAUUAUCAACUACUGUCAUCACAACCGGUAAUGAAAUGAGUACAUGUGUAAGUGUGUAUGUCGGUGAAACCGUCAAUGUUUCAGCAAUGUGCUCAAAUGGUGAUGUUGCGAAUACGACAGUAAUACCUACUACGGUAGGUACUUGCUCUGAAAGCGAUUGCGUUGAGUUGCUAUUUGUAAUUGGAUGCAUACCGUCUAGUACAGAAAGUGCAACAACGUUGCCAGACAUACAACUUGGAACAACACCUUCUGAAGUACCUAACGCUAUAACAACAGAUUCAGUGAUCUCAACUAGACUGACAACCGCAACAUCAACAACCCGAGAAAUUCAAGAUGAAACAACAUUUCCUCAUGUAUCUAGCACUGUAACAACUGAUUCAGUGUUCUCAACUAGACCAGCAGAAUUGUCUUGUAUUGAUAUCAUAGCUUGUAGUGACGAUCGCUGCAACCAAUAUAUUUCCCAAGUUUUCAGUGUUGAAGGCUCCUCUGGAUUAUCAACUACUGUCAUCACAACCGGUAAUGAAACAAGUACAUGUGUAAGUGUGUAUGUCGGUGAAACCGUCAAUGUUUCAGCAAUGUGCUCAAAUGGUGAUGUUGCGAAUACGACAGUAAUACCUACUACAGUAAGUACUUGCUCUGAAAGCGAUUGCGUUGAGUUGCUAUUUGUAAUUGGAUGCAUACAAUCUAGUACAGAAAGUGCAACAACAGUGCCAGACAUACCACUUGGAACAACACCUCCUGAAGAACCUAACGCUAUAACAACAGAUUCAGUGAUCUCAACUGGACCGACAACCGCAACAUUACAACUGAUGUUUGAGACAUGCCCAUUGGAUUUUGUACGCGCCAGUGGAACGGGGUUAAAUUAUGCAAUUAUACAAUGGAAUGAACCUCUUGUUAGCGGCGGUGGUGGAAUGGUUGAUGUGAGAAAAACGCAUGAUUCUGGAGCACAGUUUUCUAUCGGCACACAUCAAGUUAACUAUACUGCAAACGAUGAAUUUGGACAACAGGCAUACUGCACAUUUCAAGUACAAAUUAAUGACAAUGAAGCACCAAGAAUAACAUGUCCUGAUGAUAUAUCAAAGAAGCUAGAAAUUGGCAGUGACAGCGUUUCUGUUAAUUGGACUGAUGCAUCGGCUUCUGACAAUGCUGGUAGUGUACGUGUUACACCAUUCAUUAGUAAUACACAUUCGUCAGGUGAUCUAUUUCAGGAAGGUUCGUAUACAUUGAUGUAUACAGCAACUGAUGAUGCUAUGCUGACUACUGUUUGUUCUUUUACUAUUCUUAUCAGCGGGUCUGAAUGCAACCCUGGUUAUCGUGAAUGCCCACAGAAGUGCGUACCAGAUUCUUAUUUUUGUGAUUAUAUCCCAGAUUGCUUAGAUGCUUUUGACGAAUCAGAAGACAACUGUGAUAUCGAUGAAUGUACAAGAGGAACUGACAGCUGUGACGCAAUUGCAACUUGUAUCAACACAAAUGGUGGCUUUGAAUGUAAAUGUCCAGAUGGAUAUGUGCUGAAUACUAACAGUUUCAAGUGUGAUGACAUAAAUGAAUGCUUAAUAAGUAAUGAAUGUGCGGUUUUUGGAAGUAACUGCAUCAAUAAUCAAGGAGGCUACGAAUGCGAAUGCACUGAUGGAUUCUUUGGUAACGGAUAUAAUUGUCAAGCUGAUUUCUUUUUUCCUUGGGGAAUUGAGCAAGGUGAUAGUAGUCUCAGUGAUAGUUUUGAAAUGUCAAUGGAUCAAAUCCCAGAGAAGGUAUCACCAACAUUUAGACCGACGAAUGGAUUUCCUUUUUUUGGAGAUUUCAUCUAUAGUAUAUACUUUACUGUAAAUGGCGUAAUUGUUUUGUCAAGAGAAAACGAACGGAAGUUUGGACUUGCAUAUCCCCCCAUUGGUGGAAUUACCAUUAAUUAUCCACGAAAAGUUAUCGCCCCUUAUUGGGCCGAUUCAGACUUAUCUAACAGUGAUAUUGGUGAAGUAUACUAUAGUAUAUACAGUAGCAACAUUGAAACUGUGUCUGAUCGUGACAGAGAAAUGUUAUCUAAUGGAACAGAUCGUGUAAGAACGUUUCAAGACAAAACGUUUCCAAGUGAUCAAAUUAUAUCCGAUUUUGUUGCUAACUGGAUGCUUGUAGUAACGUGGGACAAGGUUCCACAAUAUCCUGUGGACAGCAACGCAGACAAGACAGCAACGUUUCAAGCUGCCCUUAUCACUGAUGGUGUUUAUAGUUUUGUUAUCUUCAACUACGAGAUUGGUGGUAUGCUAUGGAAUCCAGAUGUUCUUGCUCAGAAAAACCUUGUGAUCGGUUAUGGUGUUGGUGCAAAUGCUAAUAGAACAUUCAACAAUGUCCAGUUGGAUUCAAAAUUAUUUCCAACUGAAGAUUCAAGAUACUUUCCAGAUUCAACAAGUAACACAGGCUUAGAUGGUCAAUGGUUCUUUAGACUUGAGGACAAUAACGAGAAUACUAUUAAUUACAGACAGUAUUGUAUGAAUUGGAGGCAGACUGAAUCUGACGACUUGUAUUGGUUAGAUCGCCUGGGAACCUGUCCUUGUGCGUUUGGUCAAGGUUCAAAUGAUCUAGGAUUUGGAAGGGGUAGACGGGGUCGUCGAGGAAGAAAUCAAGACGCAAAUGAAAACGGGCAAAUGAGUCCACUAUCACCUGAGCUCCUUAAUGAUAUUGAAAGUAUUUCAGGCACUCCAUUUUGCCUGCAGACACAAGUGCCCUCGGCUUCAGGGGCAGGCAUGAGAUGUUGUUACAGAGGAGAUGGCUCAUUAAUAGAAGGAUAUGAAAACGAUGUAUUUACAAGUAGUUUUGUUCAGCGAUAUCAGUUUGUAGAAGGACCAUUCUUCAAUUUCUGGAUAUAUUUAUAUUGGUUCUAUUUUGAUUUAAUUCCUCAAUAUGUUUGCUGUGAAAAAUCAAGUGAUCCUUACUACUGUAACCUGUACUCGGGGGUUCGGCCUAAAGGAACAUGUAACGGUUAUCUUCCACCAAAUACAGGUUGGAUGUUUGGUGAUCCUCACAUCCGUACACUUGAUGGGCUUGAGUACACAUUUAAUGGCAUUGGUGAAUUUGUUCUCGUGACUGUCAACGAAGGAGACUUUGUAUUACAAGGUCGAAUGGAAAAACCAAUAAUUGAAGAUGAAAAUGUACUAGCUACCAUAUUCUCAGCGUUUGCAGCUCAGGAAGGAUCGACAAAGGUACAAAUGACGCUAAAUGCAAGUUCGAAUGAUUUCGCUAUUUUAGUUAAUGGAAGCAUCGUUGUAGAUAAAACAAGUCUGGCUGAAGGUCCUUACACACCACCAGCUGAUCCUGGUUUUAUAAUAAGUCUCCCUUCUGGAAAUUCAACUGGGAACCGUGUAAUUGCGUCAUGGUUAUCCGGAAUUGCCAUAUCUGUUGGUUUAUCUGGCCCAGCAUUAGACGUUGUGGUGUCUAUUCCGGAAAGUUUUAAAGGUUCUACCAAAGGAUUAUAUGGUGUUUGGAAUGAUGAUGUAACCGACGAUCUUACAUAUCCAAACAACAGUAUGAUGUCUCUACCGGAAAACGGAACUUUGACAGAUAGUGACGCAUUUUAUUUUGGAGUUACAUGGAGAACAACGGAUCAAUCCACACUCUUCACAUACUCUGAUGGAGAAUCAUGGAACACUUUGAAUGACUUAACAUUCGUACCAGUAUUUUUAGAAGACCUUAUCAAAGAGAAUGAAGGUACUGCACUGUAUAAUGAGGCAAUACAAGAAUGCGGCGAUGAUCGUAUGUGUCUUUUUGAUGCAUUAGCAACAAGUGAUAUUUCUUUUGGUGUAAAUACAAAGGAAACAAAUAACAACAACAACGAAAAUGCAGAUGAACUUGCAAAUUUUCCACCCAACAUUACCAGUGUUAUUGCCAUUUCACCCGAAAAUGCACUAAACGGAACUAACCGACUUAUGGUUAUGGUAGAUAAUCAGUAUAUACUCAUGGUUAUUGCCUCAGACCCCGAAGAUGACCCAAUUACAUAUUCUCUUGAAGACAUUGUCCCAGGUGGGGGCAUUGAUGCUGAUGGUUAUUUUACCUGGACACCUGGUUCAACCGACCAAGUUUUACUAACAUUAGUCGCAAUAGACAACAAGGGUGCAGCGACAGCGUUUCCACUUGAGGUCAUCAUUUGUGAAUGCCAAAAUGGCGGUGUUUGUGAUUUCAAUGCUCUUGUCGAUGGAUCAGACCUCUUGAACAAUCGUUUUGCGGUUUCAGAGUGUAAUUGCCCAGCUGCUUGGACGGGCACAGAUUGUAGUGAUGAUUACAAUGCAUGCUUAGAUGAGCCUUGUUAUACAGGUGUUGCAUGUUUUGACCAGAUGGCACCAUUGGCAAAUGUAACAUGUGGUAGCUGUCCCAGUGGUUUGAUUGGAAAUGGAUUCAAAUGCUAUGAUUACAAUGAAUGUGUCGAAGGUCGUGACAGAGAAGAUGGUGUAGAAUUCUGUGAACAGGAAUGUACAAAUACUUUAGGGUCAUAUACAUGUAGUUGCAGAGAAGGAUACGACUUGGAUGUCGGUCUUAAAACAUGCAACGACAUUGAUGAAUGUAUGACGAUGAUAGACGACUGUAGCGACCAGGCAUCAUGUACAAAUACUGAGGGAUCUUUCAACUGCACGUGCUUAGAUGGCUACAGUGGUGAUGGAAAAACAUGCAAUAAUAUAAAUGAAUGCGGAAGAGUGGAUUUCCCUUGUGACAACAACGCAGACUGCACCGACACGGAUGGUUCAUUUGUUUGCCAAUGUACUGAUGGUUAUGAAGGAAAUGGACAGACUUGUGAAGAUGUCGACGAGUGUUAUCGUUCACUUCAUACAUGCGACAUUCAAGCUGAGUGUAUGAAUACGCAAGGUUCAUACUUGUGUACCUGUGCUUCUGGAUGGACUGGUAACGGAACCUUUUGCCAAGAUGUAGACGAAUGUGCAAAUGAGCCGUGUGCCAGCACGAGAUAUAUGUGUGAAAACACACCUGGUGGCUUUGUUUGUAGUUGUCCAAAUGGCUACUAUGAUGGAUCACCUUGCAUGGACAUUGAUGAAUGCAAUAGCGGCACCCACAACUGCUCUGAUACAGCAAUGUGCGUUAAUACCAAUGGUGGAUUUGAAUGUCCGUGUAGAACAGGCUACAACCUAACAGAUGGUACAUGCCAAGACAUCAACGAGUGUGCUGCUGUCCUGAAACCGUGUCACGUAAAUGCUGAUUGUGAAAACACAAUUGGAGGUUUUGACUGCACAUGCCAUUCCGGUUACACGAAGAGUGGAAGUGGCUGUGAUGAUAUAAAUGAAUGUGAACUUAAUAUUAACAACUGCCAGCAACUGUGUAACAAUACAGUUGGAAGCUAUGAUUGUUACUGCAACACAAACUAUGUAUUACAAAAUGAUGGAAUGUCUUGUCAACCUAUACAGGGUGCAGAAUGUACUAACAAUCCAUGUGUGAACGCAUUCUGCUCAAUGAAUGGAGAUGCUGUUGAAUGUCUAUGUAAACAAGGAUAUGGAUCCAUCGAUGGGAAUUCAACACAUUGUCAAAAUAUUAAUGAGUGCACAAGUGGAGACAAUAUGUGUUCUGAGGACUGCGUGGAUACAGAAGGCUCUUAUAACUGCUCAUGUAGUGCUAAUUAUCAGCUAUCAGAUAAUCAGAGGGAUUGCGAUGAUAUAAAUGAGUGUGGUGUUUCGGAUUCAUGUAGUGAAAAUGCAAUGUGUAUCAACGCUCCUGGUACAUACAUAUGUUCAUGUAAUUCUGGUUAUUCUGGAAACGGUCAACAGUGUAACGAUAUCGAUGAAUGUGAACAUAUUCGACUCUACUGUUCCGGAAAUGAGACUUGUGACUAUGAAAGAUGUGAUGAUGCUGCCUUCUGUACUAAUACUAACGGUUCAUAUGUGUGUCAAUGUAAAGGUGGUUUUACAGGAAAUGGCAAGAGUUGUUUUGAUGUGGAUGAAUGUUCAUCAAUGCCAUGUGAUUCCAUGGCUACAUGUAGUAAUGCACCUGGGAAUUACUCAUGUACCUGUAAUGAUGGAUUUUCUGGCAAUGGUAUCACUUGCCAAAAUAUUGACGAAUGUGAAUACAAUAGCACUUGCAAUGAAAACGCUGAAUGUACAGACACGGAAGGAGCCUACCAAUGCAACUGUCACGAUGGUUUCCGUGGAGAUGGAAUAACAAGUUGUAAUAAUAUCGAUGAAUGUGCAGAAAACACUGCUGAUUGCCAUGCAGAUGCUACGUGUACUGACACACCCGGUUCAUUUACAUGCAUGUGUAAUGUAGGCUUCAAUGGAACUGGACAAAACUGUGAAAAUAUCAAUGAAUGUGCAUCAUCUGACCUGAAUAACUGUGAUGAAAAUGCUUCGUGCAUGGAUUCAGUUGGUUCCUAUGUCUGUGUGUGCAAUAGAGGUUAUAUGAGUAAUGAUGGGGGAAGUGCAAUUGAAGGCAAUUGUAAUGAUAUCGAUGAGUGUAUGCUGAAUACUCAUAAUUGUUCGAAUUUAGCAAAUUGUCAAAAUACACCUGGUGGAUUCGAAUGUUCUUGUGGUGAAGGAUAUCAGGGUGAUGGAUAUCAAUGCUCAGAUAUUAAUGAAUGCGAGAUGACCAAUAAUUGUAAUUUGGAAGAAAACAAGGAGUGUAAUAAUGUUGAAGGAAACUACACAUGUGUGUGUAUGAAUAACUUUGUGGAAGUGGAUGGUACCUGUGUAGAUGCAUUAACCAUGAAUAUGGUAGUAAACUUUACAGACAUCAAAGGAGUCGUUGUCAGUGUGCGGCCAACUGUUUUUGAUUCCGUUGACAUUCGAAAUGGUCUUGUAGAUGAUGUUUACGCUCUGUUUCAGUCAUCAAAUAUUGGGAGCUCCAUAUUACAAGUAAGUGUAGAUUCCUAUAGGCAAAUUCCUCCGUUCGUGGAAGUCACUUUUCGAUUUGAUCUACCAACAUCAACAAACCUGACAUUGAAUGACGUCGCGGCAAUAUUUUAUGGAGGGUUAACAGGAGCAGAAAAUAGGCAAUUGCAACCAGACAGUGCCGUCGACACAUCAUCUUUUUAUGUAAUGACGCCUGUAGUAACAACUAUUCAGCAAACCACUGCAGCAGAACUAACUACAACAGAAGCAAGACCAACUAAUGUAACAACAAUGGACCAAACUACAAUAACCACAGCAGAACCAACUACAAUGACUACAGAAGAAACUACAACAGGAGUAGCAUCAACUAUUGUAACAAGAAAGGAAAAAAAUACAUUAACCACAACAAACCUAACUACAACAGGAUCAGAAACACCUGCUGUGAAACAAACUACAAUAACCACAGCAGAACCAACUACAACAGGAGCAGAAUCAACUACUGUUGAAGAAACUAUAAUAACUACAGCAGAACCAACUACAACAGGAGCAGAAAGAACUCCUGUGAAACAAACUAAAAUAACCACAGCAGAAACAACUACAACAAGAGCAGGAUCAACUAUUGUAACAACAAUGGACAAAACAACUACAGAAGAGCAAGUCGAAAGAACUACAGUAAGAGUAGCACAUCCAACAACAGUAGCAGAAAAAACUACUGUAGAAUCUACGGAAGAAAGGGCAGAUAAAACCACUGUAUCUACCGAAGAGCUAACAACAGAACCAGGGCAAACUACUGUACAACUACGAGACACUACAACACCUGUGGUAGAGCAAACUACAGUAGUUGCAGAUAAAUCAACUACAUUAACCACAAUGGAACCAGUUACCACGUAUAAUGUAAGGCUGGAAAUUACUAGUGAAGUUUAUGUCAAUGAACUUGAAGAUUCGACGUCGCCAUUGUACAUAGAGUAUGAACAGAAAAUCUGUAAUUCGAUAACAGCUUUAUUCGAUGAAAGUACGGCCAUUGACAGUGCCAGCCAAGGAUGCUCAGUCUUCAGUUUUGAAAAUGGUAGCAUAAUCGUAAACGUGCAGGUAGAAUUUCCAGAGGACACUACCACUCCUGAAGAAAUACAGGCCGUGCUUUCUGAAGUUGAAAAUGACAUGUUGCCUGGCACUGGAUUUAUCAUUAACACUGCAGCUAUAACUGUGAUAGAAGUGGAAUCAUGUACUUCCGAUUAUUGUUACAACGAUGGGACUUGUUAUGAAAAUGAUGGAUUACCUGUAUGCAAUUGUGUAUCUGGCUACGAAGGUGAAAAAUGUCAAAAUAAAAAAGAUACGAUGCUGCAUGUUACAAUUGCGUUGGCUUCUGUAAUCCCGGUUAUUGUCAUAGUAUGUACCAUUGUCUUCAUAUGCCUGUGUCUAUACAAGCGAAAUCUUUACCAGCAAAAGCAAUUUGCUGCACAUGCAACAAAUAGGCAUAAUCGUCAUCAAACGCCUUAUCAGUUUCGAUAUCUAGAUAGUGACAGCCUAUCUAGUUCGUCUCAUUCGGAUAGACUUGUACAAUACCAACGAGGUGUGAUGCUCAACUCAGUAACUGACAUUGGUGGAUACAACAGAGCAAUGCCUGAUUCCGAAUUCUAUCGUCCGUAUGUUGCUUCUGGUGAAGAACACGCGCAAAUAUACGACAACAGGGGCCGUGAUUUCAACGAAAAGCGAUGGCUAGACCGCCGUAGAUACAACUACAGAUAAUAUACCCCAAAUGACAACGAACCUGUUUGAUGUAACAGUUAUGAUUAGGACCUAGUAUAAUGCUUACAAUAGUUUCAUAUUCAUAUUACCAAAUGUUUAUAAGAAUAGUUUACAUAAUUGAACAAUUAAGCUACUCCCACAAUUUUAACUUCUAUAUCAAAAUUAAUUUCAAAAUUCCUGACUUCGAAAUGAAUUAUAAUGAAAAAAUAAAUGAAAAAUAAUACAAUGUUGUUUAUUCCUAUUUCAAUUGGUGUUCCUGGUUGAUAAUGAUGUAAUCUGUUUUUGUAGGAUAUCAAUUUUUUUCA